AUGGCGUCGGUACAAGUUAAAGAAGAAGAGUCAGGUGAUCAACAAAUUACGGAGACUGUACUCUCAAACUCUAAAGGACCUCGAGUAGGAUUGUCUCUCAGGAUAAUGAUAGACAUUUUCCUCUCGUCGCUGUCUGUUAUGUUCUUGCGGCGAAGCAUACGUUGGAUUUUUGGAUACCGUAGGAGUAUCUGGUACCAUAUUACUUUCACAUGUUGCCCGACUGUGCCUGAACGGAAAGAAAGAAGAUCUCGCAUAUUUUUGGACACAUCAAAGUUUAAAGUUUCCUGCAUUGUUGGAAUUCCCCUCAAUCAUGGCUGGACGGUGGAUGCUCGGUGUAACAAUGAGCUUUCUGUCUUAGUUACUGACCUAUGCUCUCAACCUGAUCUGGUGUUGGAGAAGCUAAAUGAGUGUAAUGUCUUAGUUACUGAUCAAUGUGCUCAACCUGAUCUGGUGUUGGAGAAGCUAAGUGAGAAGUCCCACAGAGUUGAUCCACUCACGGCAGAUUUAUUAUGGAAGGAUUUCAAGAAAAAGAUGCAAUGUAGACCCGCACUGCGGAAUCCUAGUGUGCAUGUUUGAAUACGAAGAUGAACAUGCUACGCCUAGGAUGGCAAGAAUAAACUAUGAGUAUACGGGACGAUGGCCUUUUCAUUCUUUCAACAGAACGUUCCAUGAUGAUUUUUGCUAUGAUGGUUCUUACUAUGAGGAUUUGAACCAGUUUUUAACUGAUCAAUAUGAGCCAGAUAUGGGAAAAGAAGAAGGCACACAGCUGGCUAAGAAUGCAAUAAGUGUUGCUGCGAUGAGAGCUAGGAGCCAAGGUGACCUAACUAUUGGUGGCUGGUAUACAGUGUUAUCAGCAGAAUCGGCUACUUUAGAAGAAAGAAAUAACAUGAUGUAUCACUCUACCUUGAUCAGGGAGGGACGGGUGGUUCCCCUGCCACCAGAAAAGUUUUAUGAUAGGAUUGGUAAUACUUUGCGUGCUGACCAGCAGGUUGUGCCUCUUUUCUCAGAUAGGGAUGACUUAUUGGUAGAGCAAUUUUGGAUCAACUUAAAUAGCUUUGGUAAUACUUCGAGUGCCGACCAGCAGGUUGUGCCUCUUUUCUCAGAUAGUGAUGACUUAUUGGUAGAGCAAUUUUGGAGCAACUUUGACUGAAGGAAGUGUACUUAAGAGACCCAUGAAAGCAGAUAGGAACCUUUCUAUGAAACAAACGUUAGUCAACCAGUUGGAACCGGUCCUAUUUCUUCUUCUUUCGUUCUUUCUUUCUGAAGCUUGGUGUGAUAGUAAUUCCUCAAGAGAAGCGUCAAGUAGGUAUUACAUCUGCAUCCUAGAAAUUUUUGAGUUUCUUCAUGCAGUAUCUUCAUAUUUUUGUAUA